CCAUUUAUAAGAGAUAAAAUAAAAAUAAAAAAGCAGAGACCCCAGUGAUGAGAAAAAAAGCUCUCUCCUCAGAAGAUUUUGGAGCUCUCUGAUUCAAAAAUCAAAUCUGAGAGCUAAGCUAAACAAAGCUAGGGUUUUGUGAAUGGGGGAGCAAAGGAACCGUUGGAACUGGGAGGUGAGCGGGUUCGAGCCGCGGAAAACGUCGUCGUUUGAGCAAGGCGAUUUCAGGUCCUCCGGUGCUGCACCACUGGUCCGGCGGUACUCGAUCUCCGCCGCAUCGACUUUGUCCCAUUCCGAGUCUUCCAAGCACUCGCUCUCCUCCAAGCUUCAGCGAUUGAAGGACCAAGUUAAGAUUGCAAGAGAAGAUUACUUGGAGUUGAGGCAAGAAGCAAAUGAGCUGCAGGAAUAUUCAAAUGCUAAACUUGAUCGAGUUACACGUUAUUUAGGUGUUCUUGCUGAGAAAACCCGUAAACUAGAUCAAGUUGCCUUGGAAACUGAGGCUAGAAUUUCUCCACUGAUCAAUGAGAAAAGAAAGUUGUUUAAUGACUUGUUGACAGCCAAAGGUAACAUAAAGGUAUUUUGUCGUACCAGGCCAUUAUUUGAAGAUGAAGGAACUUCUGUUGUUGAAUUUCCUGAUGAUUGCACUAUCCGUGUCAAUACUGGUGAUGAUAGCAUUUCCAACCCCAAGAAGGAUUUUGAAUUUGACCGAGUUUAUGGACCUCAUGUUGGACAAGCUGAACUGUUCAGGGAUGUUCAGCCACUGGUGCAGUCAGCUCUGGAUGGAUAUAAUGUUUCCAUAUUGUCUUAUGGACAAACUCACUCUGGAAAAACACACACAAUGGAAGGAUCUAGUCAUGAUCGUGGUUUAUAUUCUCGCUGUUUUGAGGAGUUGUUUGAUCUAGCCAACUCAGAUUCAACUUUCACCUCACAAUUCAAUUUCUCUGUUACAAUUUUUGAGCUCUACAAUGAACAGGUUAGGGAUCUGCUUUCUGAAUCAGGGAGCACUUUACAAAAGGUCCAGAUGGGAUCACCAGACUCUAUUAUAGAACUCGUGCAGGAAAAAGUUGAUAAUCCAUUGGAAUUCUCUAGAGUUUUGAAGGCUGCUUUUCAGAGCCGGGGAAAUGACAUAUCAAAGUUUAAUGUUUCUCACUUGAUCGUCACAAUACAUAUAUAUUAUGGCAAUUUGAUUACUGGAGAGAACUCGUACAGCAAGCUUUCUCUCGGGGACUUGGCUGGAAGUGAGGGUUCAAUUGGGGAAGAUGAUAGUGGGGAGCACGUGACAGACUUGCUGCAUGUUAUGAAGUCACUUUCAGCGUUGGGGGAUGUUUUCUCAUCUUUGACUUCAAAGAAGGAUGUUGUUCCUUAUGAAAAUUCAAUGCUUACACAGAUACUUGGAGACUCACUAGGUGGAAGUUCGAAAACUUUGAUGAUUGUUAACAUAAGUCCCAAUGUAAAGAAUUUGUCUGAGACAUUAUCAUCUCUGAAUUUCUCUAGCAGAGCCCGAAAUGCUGUGCUAAGCCUUGGCAAUCGAGAUACGAUUAAGAAAUGGAGAGAUGUUGCGAAUGAUGCACGUAAAGAGUUGUAUGAAAAGGGGAAAGAAAUCCAAGAUCUGACACAAGAGGUUUUGGGACUAAAACAGGCUCUUAAAGAUGCAAAUGAUCAGUCUGUCCUACUCUUCAAUGAAGUUCAAAAGGCGUGGAAAGUUUCUCUCACACUGCAGUCGGAUUUAAAGUCAGAGAAUAUUAUGCUGGUGGAUAAACUUAAGAUUGAGAAGGAGCAAAAUGCUCAGCUCAGAAAUCAAGUUGCUCAACUAUUACAGUUGGAGCAAGAUCAAAAAAUGCAGAUACAGCAGCGAGAUUUGACAAUUCAGACUUUGCAGGCCAAAAUUAAAAGUGUUGAAUUGCAACUCAAUGAUGCUCUUCAUUCCACUGAAGCCAGGUCAACAUCUGGCUCAGAAGGGCCUGGAGUUUUAUCUUCUAAGGCAACUGAGGAUGGCAUAGAUUCUUCGGCAGUGACAGUGACCAAGAAACUUGAAGAGGAACUUAAAAAACGUGAUGCACUAAUUGAGAGGUUACAUGAAGAAAAUGAGAAGUUGUUUGAUAGAUUAACAGAAAAAGCAUCUUUGCCUGGAUCGGCCCAGGUGUCAAGUCCAUUAUCCAGAGGACAGGUGAAUUUUCAGCCUCGGGAGCAGGGGAGGAUCGAUAAUAAUAGCAAUAAUAAAGGACGUUCAAUGGAUAUUAUUCCUCUGCCAUCGGCAGCAGAAAAGAGUGAUGGCACAGUUGCUUUGGUGAAAUCGGGCUCUGAGAAAGUUAAAACAACCCCUGCAGGAGAGUAUCUUACUUCUGCCUUGAAUGACUUUGAUCCUGAACAAUAUGACAGCCUUGCUGCCAUUUCAGAUGGGGCAAACAAGCUUUUGAUGCUGGUUUUGGCUGCAGUCAUUAAAGCAGGUGCUUCUAGAGAGCAUGAAAUACUUGCUGAAAUUAGAGAUGCGGUUUUCUCAUUUAUCCGUAAAAUGGAACCGAAGAGGGUAAUGGAUACCAUGCUUGUUUCCCGUGUUCGAAUUUUGUAUAUUAGAUCUUUGCUUGCUAGGUCACCAGAACUGCAAUCCAUCAAGGUUUCUCCUGUGGAGUGCUUUCUAGAAAAGGGCAAUAGUGGACGCAGUAGGAGCUCCAGCCGGAGUAACAGCCCAGGAAGAUCUCCUGUGCGCUAUGUUGAUGAGCACAUCCAUGGCUUUAAAGUGAAUAUAAAACCAGAAAAGAAGUCUAAGUUCUCAUCAGUUGUUUUAAAAAUACGAGGAAUUGAUCAGGAUAGUUGGAGGCAGCAGGUAACUGGUGGAAAGCUUAGGGAAAUACAGGAGGAAGCGAAAAUUUUUGCAACUGGAAACAAAGCUCUUGCUGCUCUCUUUGUGCAUACUCCUGCAGGUGAGCUGCAGCGCCAAAUUAGAUCCUGGCUGGCGGAGAGCUUUGAGUUUCUGUCUGUUACUGGAGAUGAUGCGUCAGGGGGGACAACUGGUCAGUUGGAGCUCCUUUCAACAGCUAUUAUGGAUGGUUGGAUGGCUGGACUUGGUGCUGCACUGCCUCCCCAUACGGAUGCUCUGGGACAGCUUUUAUAUGAGUAUGCAAAGCGGGUCUACACUUCUCAAUUGCAGCACUUGAAGGAUAUUGCUGGUACCUUGUCAACAGAAGAGGCACAAGAUGCAGUGCAAGUAUCAAAGCUGCGUUCAGCUCUGGAGUCUGUUGAUCACAAAAGAAGAAAGCUUUUGCAACAAAUGAGGGGUGAUAUAGCGUUAUUAACACUGGAAGAUGGUGGUUCUCCUAUUCAGAAUCCUUCUACUGCAGCUGAAGAUGCACGAUUGGCAUCUCUAAUUUCCCUUGAUGGCAUAUUGAAGCAAAUCAAGGAUAUAAUGAGGCAAUCCUCUGUUAGCACCUUGAGCAAAAGUAAGAAGAAAGCACUGCUUGCAUCAUUAGAUGAACUUAUGGAACGGAUGCCUUCCCUUCUUGAUAUUGAUCAUCCAUGUGCACAGAGGCAAAUUGCUGAUGCUCGCCGUGUGAUUGAGGCAAUUCCGGAAGAAGAUGACCACCUUCAAGGGACAUCACAUGCUUGCAGAGCAUCUGCAGAUUUGGGGUCUGGUUCUGAAGUCGAUGUGGCUCAGUGGAAUGUCUUGCAGUUUAACACAGGCUCAACAACCCCGUUUAUAAUUAAAUGUGGUGCAAACUCAAAUUCCGAACUGGUUAUUAAAGCAGAUGCCAGGGUUCAGGAACCUAAAGGUGGUGAGAUAGUGAGGGUUGUUCCAAGACCAUCUGUUUUGGAAAACAUGAGCUUGGAAGAGAUUAAACAGGUGUUCUCUCAACUUCCCGAGGCUCUAAGCUUGCUUUCCUUAGCAAGGACUGCAGAUGGAACUCGAGCUCGUUAUUCUAGACUGUACAGAACUUUGGCCAUGAAAGUUCCUUCACUGAGGGAUCUCGUUGGUGAGCUUGAAAAGGGGGGAGUACUGAAAGAUGUGAGAUCAUGAUUGAAAUUUUUUGUUGUGAAAUGAUUUUAGGCCUUGUGCUCGAUUGUCUUAUGCGAGGUCUGUUUGUAUCAGUUUGGGGGGUUUGUCCAGUUUGGCGUUGUAAUAUAUAGCGUGGCUCGCCUGGCAACUGUCUCUUUGCCAAUUCUAAUUGUUAUUUUGCCGUAAUGGGGAUUGUAUACACGUUUUGUAUUCACGUAUUCGAUAUGAGAGUCAUCGCUGAUUUUUGUAUCAAUUUUUCCUGUAAAUUACUGAAGCUUCUUGUGAAUACAUCGCUGCCUUGUUUUACCCAUCUA